CCUAUUCUCUAAAAAGAAGAAAAGAAAACCUCACACCCUCACUGUCCCCUCCUCAUUCUCGACACCACCACCAAAGCCCUUCACCGCCUCUCCCUUUCUUCUCAUCCCUCCCUUGUCAUCACCCCAAAAUCCCAAAAUUUUAACAUGUAAACCCUCCAAAACCCCUCUAAAUAAAUCUAUCCCUUCUUACUCUGCAUUUUCCCCAGGAAACAACAAGAAUAUGGCUUCUCCUCAUGGACCCCUUCCCAUCAUCCUCCUCAUGGCUUGCAUCUCCUUUUCACCAAUCUUAGCCAAUGCUGCCAAUAUCAUUGUGGCUAAUGAAGAUAGGGAAGUGAAAACAAUGAAGCCAAUGGUGGUAGCAGAGCAUAAUAGAUGGGUGCCCUACAAUGAGACAAGGAGAAGGUUAGGGAGCUUCCAAAUCUGUGCCCUUUGCACUUGUUGCGGGGGUCCUAAGGGCCUCUGUAUUCCCUCACCAUGUUGCUAUGCCAUCAACUGCAAUAUCCCCAACAGGCCCUUUGGCUACUGCUCUUUCACUCCCAAGACUUGCAACUGUUUUGGCUGUCAUCUUUGAUCUUGUUUUUCUUUAGUUUUUUCUUUCUUUACUUUACUUUAUUAGCCAUUGUGUUGAGGAGAGAGAAGAGAAAACUUGUCUGGUUGUCUCCUCCACCACCUGUGUUCUUUAUUGGUAAUAUUGGUUUUAUCAUAUAUGUUGCAUUGCAUGCUAUGAUUGUAACUUUAGAAAAGAUAACAAGAGUGAGGAGGAUGAAGAUUUAUGAUUAUCAGCAAAUGUUGUGUGAGGUUGUGUAGUCAGUCAAUGCCAACUACAGAGUGUUUAUAUUG